AAAACAAUCACCUCGAAAAGAAGUGCAUCGCUAAAACGCGGCAAAUAAAUGAGUUACAAGGGGAAAUUCAGAAUUUGAAAGAAAAACUGGUAAAUAAAGACAGGCAGAUUGCAGAUAUGCAGAUAAUAUGCCGUUAAAUCUUAAAUGCUUAAAAUGGCAAACCAAAACAGAAUGUAUGCAGAGAAUGAUAGUCUAAUGCUCAGAGUGAAAAUGGCAGAACAGAUAGCAGCAAGGGCAAGGGCUUCCCUACCAAAGGAAUCUCGGGUUGCUGCAAAGAAACAGCUUUUGCAGGAAACGGUUACACAAGCAAACAAUGCCAGAUUCGAUCAGACAGCAGAAACUGAAACUUUAGCCGAAAUAGCAGAAAAUAUGACGGUGGCAGUUGUGGAAUAUACAAACCAGAGUGUGUAUAUUGGAGAAAUGGAGGGAAACAUGAUAACCUUUGCCCGUCGGCCAGUCGGAAAACUAACAGUUCUCUCAACGUAAAAAAUAAACAGAGCGUGAUUUUGAAUCCCUUGGACAAAAUGAAAAUUAAUCGUCGAUAUUUAAUUGCAAAAUUCGAAGGAUGUAAGAAAGACAACGUAAUACAAUUAUCGGAAAUUCAGAUUCAACUUAUAAAUCAGUCCGUAGCUUCGUAUUGUUCCAAACAAGCUUCAGACAUCUAAAACCUCAUAUAUUUGGUAUGAUCAUAAAUAUCAGAUAACAGUUUGCCUGUACAUAUCUUUUAAACCUUGUUUUUGUAUUUCAGUAAGCUUACAUUGUGUUUUCAUUUUGUAAAUAUUUGUACAUUUUAUGAUUGAGUUAUUUUUUAUUUACUUUUGCUUUGCCUUAAAGCCUAUUUUAUUUUAGUAAGUUACAAAUUCAAGUUUCAUUUUGUGAACACAGAGAAUCGGUCAAUGGCGAAGUCGGGAAUCUAGUCUUGGUCUCUCUCGAGAAACAUUCCAGUAUGCUAAGCUCUUACCCUACAUAACUCAUUAUUCAUGAAAUAUUACAUUUAUACCCUUUAUUGUCACUUGAUAACAGUUCGAAGGCCAUCAUGCUUUGGCUCAUCUACUCUGUGUUUAUUAUAUUUUUUUUUUUCUAUUUUUUUUCAUAAUUUGUUUGUAUGAAAUACCCCUUCUUUCAACAACAUUUGUGUCCAGCAUAAGCUGACUCAGAGUCUGAUAUAGUGACAUCCUUGUAGGAAAUAUAAAUCAACUUUUAAAUGUUUGCUAUAGGUUGUUUAGCAUAUACUAUAAAGUAUUCCGAUCAAGAAAAUGUCUUGUAAAUGGCGAGAACGAAUGAUAGAAGUAUUAUUAUUUUCUUGAAUAGAUAACUUUAAGCAGAUACUUUAGGUUUAUUUUAAUGAUAUGGAAAGAAACAUAGAACAAUAAAAAAGUAUUGAACCUGCUCCAUGUUUACUGAUGGAACAUUCACCAAUUAUGUUAAUCAUGUUCUCGAUGACUUUUUUUAUUUAAGCAUACUUUAAAUGUACAGUUCAUAACAUACACUUAGUUGUUUGUCAUUCACGUUGUGAAUAAAUUGUUUAAAACUG